UAAUUCCUCUUGAAUUGAUUAAUACUCCAACGAGGAGGGAGGAGGUAGAGAGAGAGAGAGCUCGAAAAUGGAGAAGGCGAGGGAGUCAUUGAAGUUGACCGAUGAAGAAUCUGAGUUAGUCUCCCGACUCAACGUCCCUCCUCACCAAGUCAACAUCGAAUCCAGCUUCUACGAAGAUUUUACAGUGAAGGGCAUCCGAGUUGACCGAGUCGAUCCCGGUUUCAUUGCUUGCACCUUCAAGGUCCCUCCUCGCCACACCGAUAGAAGUGGGAAGUUGUGUACGGGAGCUAUUGCGAAUCUGGUUGAUGAAGUCGGUGGUGCUGUGGUCUAUGUUGAGGGUCUUCCCAUGAAUGUCUCCGUUGACAUGUCAAUUUCCGUCCUUUCUACUGCCAAGUUUGAUGAUGAGUUGGAGAUUACCUCGAGAGUUUUAGGCCAAAGAGGAGGUUAUUUUGGAACUAUUGUUCUUAUAAGAAAUAAAGCAACCGGGGAGGUUGUUGCUGAAGGCCGUCAUUCUUUGUUUGGUAAACAUGCAAGCAAACUCUAACCCUGUUUCAAUCUGUUGAAUGUAGAAUUUAAAACACCACACCAGAAAAUUAUAUAUCUUUAGGGCCUGUCACUGUUGUGGAUUUCUUGCCUAGUUUCUUUCAUACAGCCAUUAUAUAUAAUAUUUUUGAUGAGAUAUGUAUGCUUAAA